AUGGAUAUGCGCUUGAAUGAGGAAAUUCCGGAAGAAGUAGAUGAUGACAGUACAAGGGAAGAAAAGCAGAUCUAUAAAGAUUGGCACAGGGCCAACAGGAUGGCAAAGAAUGUCAUGAGAAACACUCUAUCUGAUACAGUAAUCAGCUGCAUUGAUGAACUAGAAUAUGCCAUAGAUUGCAUGGAGAAGAUUUCACAAAAGUUCAAGGAGAGCAACAAAGCUAAAGCAGCUAGGCAGUCUAAGAAAUUUUAUGAGCUGAAAUUCAAUGGAGUUGGUAGUGUGAGAAAUCACAUAAUGCAGCUGAUCGACAUCAACAAUCAACUAAAGGAGCUGGAUAGGGGUGUCAACAAUGCACAAGUGGUGCACAUUGCCCUGGAAUCUCUUCCAAGUGACUUGAGCAACCUCAAAAGCAACUAUAAUGCUCAGAAGGAAAAGUGA